GCGCAAGACACACCCACGUCAAGCUUGUUCGCCCGCUUCGUUUCGAUGACGUGCCCUGCUCUAUCGAAGCCAACUGUCAACUGCAAUGGUGGUGUUGGCGACGUAUUCGACGACGGCCUGCAACAGUGACGACGAUGGCGAUGAUCGCUUGGUAUGUGAUGAUGGCGACGUCCGCGGUGACGAUGGCGAUCCCGACGACGAAGGCGACGAUGUUCGAAAAGGCGACGAAGGCGGUGAAGAUGACGGGCGAGAUGAUUUGCACGCCAGCGACGAAUUCACCGAAGAUGACUGCCAAGACGACGGAAGCGGUGAAGAUGGCUACGUUGGCGACGGACGUGGUGACGAUGGCGAUGACGGCGACGAAGGCGGUGAUGAUGGCGAUUAUGGCGAUGAAGGCGAUGACGUUAACAAAAAGCGACGAUGGCGACGAUGGCGACGAAGGCGCUGAUGAUGGCUACGAAGGCGACUCACCCGGCGAAGACGACUGCGACGGCGACGGAAGAAGCGCAGCGGGCGGCGGGGACUGCGUCAGGGAGCGAGAGAGUGCUGUCGUGCAUUUGCGAAGAACGCCCGCGUUCUUAUAAACACGUGUCACGCGGGGUGGACGCCAGCGAAGGAGCAGUAGGAAGGCCAGUCCAAAGUCAUUUCCAUGCUCCACCAAACGAUACAAAAAGCGCAGUGUCAUCGCGGGGAGCGAGACGAAAGGCGAAGGGUCGCGGGUGAGACGGCCAUGCAUCCGCUGCACCGCCACCCAUCGUCUGGCCACCCUUCCUCGAUUGUGGACAUGUAGGGACCCCCCAGCCCGAAAUUCUGCCCCCAGAAAUGACUCCAUCUCACUCCCCCAUCGUCCACACUCCAUGCCGCCCAGGAACGUACCCAACGACCGAACUCGCCUACCCCCCCAAACCACCCCCAACCAUGGCAUGCAUAUUGGCCGGGACGGGUUGAGCAUUCCCCUCCCCACCUCCGAAAUACAGCACCCCACCCGACGAUCUAGCAGGGCAUGAAAAGAGGUAGAUAAACAAAAAAAAAAUACACAACACAAGCUGCGUUUUGUACAACUGUGGUGACUGGACAUCCACAUUUGGAGGAUGUUUUUAAUUGAACCCAAGUACGCCUGUACUCCAUCGACGACAAAUUGAGUGUAUGCACAAUAUGAGCAAAUGCAUACAAAAAAUGGACGGCAUUACARACAACACCUUCAUGGCACCAUUGCAUUUCAUUUCAGGAGAAGACACCAAAACACAUGUUGGAGAGAAAGAGGGAGACGAUUUUAAUUGAACACAAGCAUUCCGAAAAUGAACGGCAUUAAAGAUA